GAUCAAUAUGGCCGGGCGAUAGGUCGAUUCGAUAUUUUCGGCGGAAUUUAGUACAAAGCUAGUAGUACAAAGAAAAUCACGGAACACUAAGCCAAAACACUUGGUCGAAACUACGUGCAGUCGAGCGGAAGUCGCGACAACCGGAUGAUAGCCCGCGCAGCACACCGGCAAUGAUAAAUCGACUCGCGACUAAUGUCACACCGGUCUGGUUUUGUUUACAUGCGGGACCCGUGCGCUCAUCGAAAAUGUGACGUAACGCAGAAAUUUCAGAUCGUACGGGUAGACAGCGAUUCUGUUCACAAGGCUGAAUUGCAAACUGGUGCCAAUGUAAUCGAUGUCGGAGUCCUUACUGGGUGCAAGGACGAAGACAUCAGGAAGCACGCCAUUACUAUUGAUGUUACAGCUGAAGGAGAUAUGACAAUAAGUCCGUUGACCUCGUGCUACAAGAAAUCACCUGGUUCAUCCGGAUGGGUACAACUUGAGGUGGGUUCAACGGUUCCCAUUCACGUGGGGGAUCUUUUUUCUUUGCUGAGCGACAAACACUGGUUCAAGGUUGUUCACGUCGACGCAACUAUGGAGGAUAAUGAAUCUGGAUGUAAGCGAAAGUCAUUCGAGAAGUCGACUGACGAACCGUCUGAGAAAAAAAAUCGACUAGAUGGAAGCAUAGAGGCAAUAUUAUCCCCGAAUGGAAAUCUUGACGCUGUUCCUAGUAGUAUAGGGGUGGAUCCAGGGCAGGAGGAAUUCAAUCCUUUGGACUACGAGGACACAGCUAUUGUGGCUGUCGAACAAACUACAAAUGAUAUCUAUGGAGCUAGCGUACCGGAGGGGGGAAAAAUGGUGGAUGAGGCAUUAGCGACGAGGCCACAAGCUUCCAGUGCGAAAAGUAUGACUGAAUCUGAUAAACAGGAUUAUUCGCCAACCCCUGCAGCUGCUAAAACAGCAGAGAUUCCAACAGAGGAUAGGAGUGCUGCAGAGUGUGCAGAGGUUAUAGGUCUCGACGAGGCUGCAAAGAAAAUAAAAUGGGACUGUGGGCAACACUUUAGCGAUCGUAACGAACAAAUUACUGCCAAUUCAAAUAGAGCACCAGAUACAGACCAACAUACUACCGUCUCUACAUCCAAUACUGAUACAGCUGUAAAUGUGGCUGCUACAGUCUCAUCCUCUCCUACGAGGAACAGAUGCACAUACGGGACUAAAUGUUACAGAAAAAAUGAGGAACACAGGGCACAGUUCAGCCACCCUGGUGAUUCGGAUUAUGCCGCUUUGGACGAUAGGCCGGAAUGCCGUUAUGGAGUACGAUGUUACAGAAAGAAUCCACAACAUAGGAAAGAUUUCAAACAUACGAUUCAGCGGAGGAGGCGACCCCAAACGCCGAUACGAGCAAAGACUCCUGAAACAACAUCUGCUACAGACCAAUCAUCUCCAGAGGAAUCUAUCGACGAAUCAGAGUACGAACCUUCAUUUUGUACAGAUAGUUCGGAUGAAGCAAAAAGUGAUUGGGAUAAGUAAGGAGGCUGGUGCGACCUUCAGUGUCUUAAUUCAUAUUGUACUUGUAUUCAAAUUGUCGGUGCUAGUGAAAAACUUGUACAAAUGUAUUUUAAUAAUAAAUAUCAUUUUUUACUAA